UCCUCUAUCUUGAAUUGGUGAAGCUCAAACAAUGGGAGACAAACAUGAUGUGCAAUAUCACGCCGUGGGUAGUAAAGCAAAACAUAUACCAAGAAAAUUCAUGUCUAGACGAAUGGACACGUUGUUUCAUCAGAGGGUAGAAAGACAUGAUAGAUCACAACAUAGCACAGAUAGUGACCUGAUACAUUCAGUCUUACACCAAAAUAGGUUCCACCCUGGAGAAUCUCAUAUUGUGCAAAAAAUUGCAAAUCGAAUAGUUUCCUCAAAAAGGCUCAUUUCUUCGGAAAUUGAUGGACGUCCUUUCUUACGAACAAAUGCAUACAAAGCCCUAGUUACGCACUUGGAAGGGAGCAACAUAGCAGUAGUGACAGGACUUCCUGGGAAUGGAAAAAGAUUCCUAGCAUGCCAAUGUGCGAGGACCUUUCAGGAAGAGAAGCAAAUGAAACCUUUUAUUGUUCAGCACCAUCAAGACUGGCAGGUCAACAUUUUCUCAGACAAAAAAUUCUUUAUCAUUGUACAAGAUUUUUGCGAGGUUGAUGUUUUUUCCGCAGAUUUCCGUCAAAAUUUGAUGAAUCAUAUUGCCGGAAUUUCUAUUAAUAUACACGAUACGUGCACUCCUCAUGCUAACAAACUGCUUAUAAUUCUUAGAAAAGAAGUUCUACAUUUCAUUAGACAACUUUUUCCUGAUGAUAUCAGAUUUUCAGAGAAGUUUCUUAUCGAUGUUUCUUCGCCCCAAAUGCGUCUUACAUCUGACGAAAAGCAAGAUAUGAUGAGGAUAAACCAAGUGAAGUUGAGAGAGGACGGAGCUGCAUUGAUGGAAUCCGAUUUCCCAUUUGGAUUUCCAAAUGCUUGUCAUUUCUGUCAGACAAUGUCCGAAUUUUCCAAUCAUAUAGAUAGCAUUCUGUCACAACGAUUGGAAAGUAUGGAGCCCGAGUUUUUUCUAGCUCUCACAGUUGUAUGUCUACGAGGAGGAAGAAUCAAAAUAAAAGAAUUAUACGAAAAUGAGACAUAUGCAAUCUUGCAUCGCACGUUCAAGCAAACCGCAAAGGGAUUUACAAGAACAGUCUCUAUGAACUUGCCGUUUAUUGUUGACCUCUUAACAGAUGUUUUCUUUACAAAAAUCACCGAAAUUGACACUACAUAUGUUGAAUAUUUGCACAGAAGCGUAAACGAAAACGUUGCAUCAAUUAUAUUAAGGAAUAAUGCAGGUUCUGCAUUUCAGUUGGUUCCACUUGACAGAUUACAAUAUUUUCGUUCUAAACUUCUGAGGGAAAACCCAAAAAUGUCCACAAAUACCAUUUUUGAUUGGAUUAUCGUGCGAAUAACAAGAGAAAUGUCCUUUAAUGCCACAGUGAGUGUGAUACAAUGUAUUACAAAUCUACCAGAAUGGAAUGAUGAAGAGUUCAUCAAUAUGAUCUCGGCAAAAGAAAAAUUCGAAGAAGCGUGUCGGAAUUUAAAACCUUACCAACAAGAGUGCUUUCUUGUUUGCGCCAUCAGAUCAAAAUCUUUGAAUAUCAUACGGUUAUUGUUCAGCUCUUUGAGGAAACAUCUGUUCCUUAGACUCUGUCAAGAAAACGAAAUAAUGUUGAAAGUAGUCGAGACAGGGUCUGUAGAAAUGUUUCAGCUUCUGAAGGAUUUAGGAGUUACACUUGAACAUAACAAGUCCCCUCCUAUUGCAACUUUGUUCACUGCUGCAAGAAACAACCAUUUGCCAAUGCUAUCAUUCCUGACGGAAUAUGUGCAAAUAGACCCUUCAUUCAGAGAUGCACAAGGCUGCUCCCUAUUACACUGUGCAGCAAAGUCCGGCUCCGUGGACGUAAUGGAAUAUUUGAUAAGGCAAGGUUUAGAUCCAAAAGAUUGCUCCGUUGAUAACGAAACGAUUUUGCAUUUUAUGGCGAUGUUUGGUUCCUUUUCAGCGUUUAAGUGGCUUUGCGAGAGGUACCCUGGACAGAUAGGAAUAAAAACUACAUCGGGAAAGUCUGUUUUGCACUAUGCAGCUUCAAAUGAAGACACAUACAUUUUAAUUUUCCUGGUGGAGAAUAUGAAAAUGAAUCCGCAUGACAAAACAAACGAUGGAGAAACUUUGUUACAUAUUGCAUGUCGCAAUGGAAAUAAUGGCGCUGUUAAGCACAUGUUAGAGCGUUAUGCAGAAAUUAUUCACGUUCAAGAUAAGCAUGGGAUGACUGCAGCACACACAGCUUGUAUCAGUGGAAACUUAGAGGCUAUGAAAUUGUUGAGUCAGUUUCAUGACCGUUUCAAAAUAUUGACAAAGAAGGGCGAAAGUGUCCUGCAUUGUGCUUCCAUGAGCAGAAGUCUAGAGGUACUUCAAUUUGUUAUGCGUUUGAAAUUGCAUUCGAAAGAUGUGGUUACAACAAAAGGCUAUUCUUUGCUUCAUUCUUGCACCAGUUCUGCCAAUGGGGAUCUGGAUAUUGUGCAGUAUCUAAUAGUUCAAGGAUUUGAUGUUCGACAGCGUAAUGAACAAGGACAAAUCCCAAUGCAUUUAGCUUGUAUUUCAGGAAAUUUAGAAAUCGUACGUUUUCUGGUUAGUAAGUACCCAGAACUUCUCAAUGCAAAAGACAAGAAAGGAUAUGAUGCAAUAUUGAGUUGUGCAAAAGGUCAAUCGUUAGAAACUCUGAAAUACCUUGAAAAUAUGCAAUGUUUCACUCAUCAGACUUUGCCUAAAGGCAAAGGUAUCCUUCAUAUUGCAUGCAAACACAGCUCGGUUGAUGUUGUCAAAUAUUUAUGUCAAAUGUAUCCACAAGAACUUGAAAGACGUGAUUCCAAAGGGAAAACGGCAUUACAUAUGAGUGCACUCAACGCUUCAGUGGGUGUUAUACAAUAUCUCUUAGAUAUCGAGGUCGACCAUUAUGCUUUAUCAACGAGUAAACAAACAAUUUUACAUUUAGCGUGCUACAACAGCAAUAUAGAUAUAUUGAAAUAUAUCGCAAAAAAGCUACCUGGUCUAAAAUGUCAAAAGGAUUAUCGUGGAUACACCGCUUUGCAUUGUUCUUGCGAGGCUAGAAAUGAAAGAGCAAUCAAAGUUUUGUUGAAUUUGAACGAUUUUGAUGUUCGCCAGAGAACAUUAGAAAAUUUUACACCCCUAGACAUUGUGUUUGUGAACAGCCCAUAUCAAUAUGAAGAGAGUACCACACACGCUAUCAAAACGAUAAUAGAGGUAUACAAAGAACAGGGCUAUUCUGGAUCGCUACCAGAAAUGAUGUUCAGAGAUAUAGCACAAUACCAGGCAAAUUAUUUAGAAUCCUUACAUGCCUUCGAUUAUCUUGACCUUGCUGUCUAUCCAAAAAGACUGAGAGGAAUAAGUGAAAGCAAAAUGCUAGCUUUCUCCCUCGCACUUGCUGAUUGCUUGAAUAAUGAAAAACUUCUAAACAAAGGUGAAAAAACUGUAAAUACUGCUUCCUGUCGGUUGCUCAAUUUCGUCAAAUACGAAAAACACCACACAUGUUCCUUUUCGGAAACACUUAUAGAGACGGGACUGACUUGGUCGAUGGCUUGGUGCAUCGAAAUAGCAUUUCUAUAUCCAAAAGAAAUAAGAGAAGUUUGUCUCAGAUCUUCUCUUAAUAUCUUGCGAUCAGGGGCAGCUACUGAUGUAGUUAAAACAUUUGCUAGAGGAAUCAGUAAAACAUUUUAUAUGAAAUACAGCGAUGUAUUGAGUAUACACUAUGUGUGGGCUGGAUUUCUACCUAUGUCACAUGAAAGGUACAAUAACUGCAUCGAAACAAUAGUAGUUAUAACUAGAAAGACAAACGAAGCAAUACAAAGGAGUUUGAAAGAAUAUCAUGGAUUAAAAAUAUAUUUCCGAGAUUUCAGGUAUUUCUCCCCGGAAGCAAAAGAAAUGCUGCAUCUCGAAAGUGAUGUAUCCUGUGACUUGAAGUUGAGGAAAGAAGAUAUUCAAAGACUGAUAAAAAACCACAGCAAUAUUUCACUCGUAUCAAAAUCAUCACUCAAAUCAAUAGGAUAUGGUACAGCAAAUCAAAAUCCACCCAAACAUUUGAAAUCGGUUGUUAUUUAUUGUAGAGUCAAAGGCAUAAUUCCGGCAGGCGAAAAGCUCUUUCCGACGCAAAUUGGAGGGUAUCCGGUUGACGUCCGAGAAAGUGCUGUGACUCUUGCUGUCGGUCAAGAGGGUUUAAAAAUGGGAGAUAUGAUAGGGCUAACAGGAGGGGAUAAAACUGGAACGGUGGGCGGUUUUAUUGAUAUAGAUGCUGACAGAAAGGGUUUCAUAACUUGUGCUCAUGUACUAACUUCUCUGGACAAUCAAACAGAUAAUCUACGCCACCAAGAAUCGCCCGUAAGCAUUAUAGACAGAGGAAGGAAGUACGCUAUCGGACAUGUGGUAAAAUCUUUUUUAGAUUUGGAUGGAACGGAUGUUGAUGUCACAAUAGAUGCUGCCCUCGUUGAAGUGCAAACAAGACUGCCAGAUAGUGGAUAUUUUACUUCAAAUUUAAAGUUAUCAAAUAUUCAACAAGCAGAUUUUCGAAAUCAUGACGAACUAUCUUUCACCGAUGGCGAAACAGCAACCAUAGAGGAAUGUAGAUCAGGAAUGGUACUGAAAGUUGGUGCUGCUUCCGGAUUAACACGCGGACAUGUCCAUUUUGAAAAUGCUGAAGCUGUGAUCGAAAAAAGUAGUGUUGUCUUAUAUGAAAAAAGAUAUACAUUACGUGGACAGAUAGAAGUGAAACCUUACGGAUGUACUGAUUUUAUCUCAGAUGGGGAUUCAGGUUCCUUCGUUUUUCUGAUAGUAAAUGGAAACCCCCCUGUACUGAAAUGUGUUGGACUAGCGGUCGCUCGAACUGACCACGGGACUUGCUUAAUGACACCUAUUGAAAACGUCCUCUCUCGUUUUAAUUUGACAAUUGAUCAGCUUACGAAAUUCGAAAAUAAUUCUGAAGAGGAAGAUAUUUUAAGCAAGAUGUUUCGUAAAAUGACAGAAGACAUGAACAAUCAAUUUGUGGCUACAAAUGAAAAUGUAUCAGAAAUAGAAGUCAGAGUCAAUGAAAAUGUAUCGGAAAUACGAAACAGUGUAGCUCGGAUGGAAAAUAGACUACAUGAGGUCGAAAAUAUAGUAUUCAAUAAUCCAGAAGACGGCGGGCAAAAAUGUAUUUUAUUAUAAAGAUUGUAUUAUCCGUAUUAAAACUGUAAUUUUCUGGGUAUCUAAAAUAAUCAGGAAAUCAAAAUUAAGACGUGAACACAGAACUAAAUGAACAUACUUCGCUCGAAGUGUUACACAGUGUUUUCCAUGAAUGUUGUUAAGUGUUUUAUUCAUGUUAACGUUAAUUCUAGUGUGAUAUUACUUAUCGUAUUUUACAAGUUAUGUGAGUUUUAUUUGACUGAAAGGGCAAGUUGUUCCGACAACUCAGCAAAUGUCACUGCUAUUUAUACAUGUAAUUCAUAUACACAAUUUUAUACAAUAUAUGAAAUUAUUAUUAUUAUUAUUUAAUUCAUUUAUAAAGCGCAAAAUUACAUAUAGUUUCUAUGCGCUGUACAAUGUUUGUGCUAAUAAUCAAUGAUAGCAUACCAAUAAAAGACCUAUAGUUAUAAAGGAAAUGAUAAAACAAUAGAAAGAAUUUAAAUAAAACAUGGUAGUAAAAUGACAAA